AUGAAUUUUAAAGAUGAUGGUACAACAUCGUUUCAAAUUAUGCAAGGAUCACAACUUGUUUAUUUGGAUAACGGUCUUUGUCAAUAUGGGCAAUUAUUUGAUCCAUCAACUGGUCGAUGUCGUGAUAUUUAUUGUCAAGAAAUUAAUUAUAAAUUUAAUGGCACAACAUGUAUACCAGAUGAAAAUAAAACAAUAUUAGAUGCUUAUAAACGAAUGAGUGAUAUUGAUUUAUCAUUGACAAUGAUUAUUUCACCAAGUAGUCAUUAUCCAAGAGGCAAUUUUUCCAAACAUCUUCAUAGUCAAAGGAAUAAGCCUUGUACGAAUGAUUGGAUAAAAAUGUUUCAUGAUACAUUACAUACUUAUCUUAAUAUUGAUUAUGAACGUAUUACUAAAAUUAAUUAUCGUUUCAAAGAAUAUGAUGAUGAAUUAAUAAAUCGACCUAUGAGAAGUUCUAAGUGGAAGAGUAAUAAAUCUGAAAAGAAUGAUAGUAUACAUGUAAUUUAUCCAAAUGAUUUAUCAUAUGAUCAAAUCAGUGAUAUACUAUCAAGUAAUAAAUCUAUUAUUAUAAGUUUUCAUUUUUCAAUCACUGAUCGAAAUUCAACAUCAAGCGAUACAUUAACAGGUUUACAUGUUGUUACUCUUCUUUUACUUGCAUCUGAAUUUCAUGCUGUAAUUGAUUUAUGUGAGAACUAUUCAAUGAAAGUCGAAACUGUAUCAAUUAUUUCGGAUAAAAAUAAAACUCGGGACGAAUUUUGUAGUGAUCCAGAUGUAAUGCAUCCAACCAAAAACGGUAUUAUACGUAGACGUGUACGACCAGAUGGUGAAGUUGAUUAUGUUGUUGACGUACCUGAACUUGAUACUACAUACGAAAGUGGUGAUUAUACUUAUAUAUUUAUGGUUUCAACAUUAACACAAAAAAUAUCAACAAAUCAAUCGCGACUCAUCAAACCAAAAUCUCCAUCGUCAAAUCAAACUUCGACAAUGAAAUUAGUCUCUGUAUGUAACCGUCAACCUCGAAUAGUUGGUCGUUGUCCAGAUAGUCUUGUUAUGCGUAUAGCACUGUGUGAAGUACAUCAAUAUAAAAAUUUCUCAAUUCGAAUUAAGCGUACUAAUCGUUUAUAUACAAAUCGUGAAUAUCGUUAUGAUCAUUUUCGACCUGAUUUAUAUAUUGUUGUAUGUAAACUUGAUACAUAUAAUGGUACAACUAGUGGAACAAAAUUAAGUUUUGUUGAAAGAGCACCUGGAAUUUUAUCAACUAUAGCUACAUUUCUUUCUAUAAUUGCAUUAGCUAUAACUUUAAUUACAUUUGCAUUAUUUUCAUCAUUACGUAAUUUACCUGGAUGUAAUACAAUCAAUUUAAUUAUUGCUUUAAUGAUAGCAGAAAUUUUAUUUUUAUCUCAAAGUUUAAUUAUAAUGACAACACCUAGUGUUUGUUUAUUAUUUGCAUUAGGAAUACAUUUUUUUUAUUUGGCAAGUUUUUUUUGGAUGAAUGUUAUGGCUUAUGAUCUUUGGAAAACAUUUCAUAAAGGUUUUUCACUUUAUGUGUAUGAAAUUCGUGAACGUUUACCAUCUUAUGCUUUGUAUGCAUGGGGUAUGCCAGUAAUUAUUGUUUUAAUUGGUAUUAUAUUAGAUGCAAAAAAUGCUCGAUUAAAACCAUGUUAUGGAAGAUUUUUUCGUGGAUGUUAUGAUGUUUGUUUUCGAACAAAAAAUGACACACCAUUACAAGGUUGUUGGAUUGAAUCUGCAUUAAUGCGAUUUGUAUUAUUUGGUUGUCCGGUAGCAAUUAUUCUCGUGAUAAAUUUUAUUUUAUAUGCCUUGACUGUUCGAAGUAUUCGACGAGGUUUGAGAAAAGUUCGGGUUCAAGUUGAACGUAAAUUUCAACGUAAAAAACAAGUUGUACCUGGUGAACAUGAUGUUAAAAUCUAUAUGCGUAUGGCUGUAUUAGCCGGUUUUGGUUGGACCAUUGGUUUUAUUUUAUUUCUUUUACCUGAUAAUCAAAAAGGUUUUAAACGUUUUCUUGUUGCAUCUGUUAAAUAUUUAUUUAUUUUACUUAAUGCUACACCUGGUUUAUUUAUAUUUGCUGUUUAUGUAUGUAAUCGUCGUGUAUUUUCAUUAUAUCGUCAAUUACUGACACAAAUCUAUCAAUUUUUUCAAUCGAAUUUUGCAGAAUUCAAAGAAUUUAUAUUAAAUCAUAGUCGACUUUGUUUAAGUAAAACAAAAAAUAAAAUAGGAAACUUCAAUAAAAUUAAACAUCAACAAAAACAAGAAGAUAUGCAAAUGAAAAUAUCAGCUACGUCAACAGUGGUUAAAUCAGCUGAACCAUCAAAUAAAACAACACUUACACGUUUAUUAUCAGAACAAUCAGGUCGGUCAUCGCCAACAAAUUCCACUUAUCACACAUUGAAUUUAUCAUCAUUAGAAAAACAAUGA